CGCCGGAGGAUUGAUAUAUGACAUGUGGCCUCUCCGGAGUCUUUGAAAAAUUCAAUAGUACAAGUGAUGCUGAACCAGUGAUAGUAUCAGUAACAACAAACGGCGAUGGAAACUGUCGAAAUUUCUCUUUUCCGUAUUCUACGAAAAUAAAUAAGAGACCCGGAAUACGUGGUAGUCGUGAUCUUUGGACAAGCGACGAUAUCACGCGGAUUUAAUCAUUUUCGCGUGACACGCUCGUUUCUUGCCAAUUUCAUCGAUCAAGGUUGCUGUCUGUACACGUAUCUCGACGCGGAGAAAACAAAGCCUUUUUUUUUACAUGGCUCUUACAAAAAGAUUAAUCGUACUUUUUGCAUAUUCCCCUAGAGAAAUUGACAAAGUGUUGAGCGUUGUAUCUCUAAAACCUCCACUAUCUCUCUUGUAAAUGUUACAAAUGACAAAUUGCUAAUGUUUUGACAGUCAAAAUCUUUUGACUGUAGCGAGGAAGACUUUGUACUUACGAGUAUAAGAACAAUACCAAAAGAAUAUGAGCUCGCAUCAUCACUUGAAUUCAUCAUCCGGUGAAAUAGAUCAUGUUCACUUUGUCUCCGAGGAUAUCGGAGCUUUGUACCUCUCCGAGGAAUAUUCGGAUGUAACGAUAGUGGUGGCGGGUCACAAAUUCUAUAGCCACAAACUCAUUCUUGCUGCACGUAGCGAGUAUUUUCGGGCACUGCUGUUUGGCGGCAUGAAAGAAUCUGCGCAAAAUGAAAUAGAAUUGAAUGCCUCCUCGUUGCCUGCAUUUAAAAACUUGCUCAAAUAUAUAUACACUGGACGUAUGUCUCUGGCUAACGAACGCGAUGAGACGAUACUCGAUAUUCUUGCAUUAGCACAUUUAUAUGGAUUUGUGGACCUUGAAGCUGCUAUAUCUGAUUAUCUUAGAGAAAUAUUAAACAUAAAGAAUAUAUGUUCAAUUCUAGAUACCGCACUUUUAUAUCAAUUAGAAUUUCUAACUAAUGUUUGCUUUGAGUAUAUGGAUAAACAAGCGUCUGACAUUAUUAAACAUGAGAGUUUUCUACAAUUAAGUCCAACAGCUUUAAGCGAAUUAAUCUCCAGGGAUUCGUUUUAUGUACCAGAAAUAGACAUUUUUUUAGCCAUGCAUUUAUGGAUCAAAGCCAAUCCCGAAGUUGAUAAUAGGAAAGUUAUAGCUCAGUUAAGAUUGAGUUUAAUUAAUCGCAAAGACCUUUCGAAAGUUGUAAGAAACACAUUCGUAUCAGACGCAAAAAUUUUAGACGCAAUUGAAGAACAAGACGAUCUAGGUACUUUAGGACUACCUUAUCGCGGUCGUUUGCUGAUCGACGAAAAUGUUGCCCAUCCAAUGCAUGAUGCCCAAGUGUUACAAGGAGAAAUGCGUAGCUAUCUACUUAAUGGAGAUACCAACAACUAUGAUAUGGAACGUGGUUAUACAAGGCAUACCAUAACUGACACACACGAACAUGGAAUUCUAAUAAAAUUGGGGACACAAUAUAUCAUAAAUCAUAUAAAAAUGUUACUAUGGGAUCGAGAUAUGCGCUCCUAUUCUUAUUUCAUAGAGGGAUCCAUGGAUCAAGUGAAGUGGAUCAGACUUGUCGAUUAUACAGAGUAUUCUUGUCGCAGUUGGCAAUAUUUAUAUUUUCAACCAAGAGUGAUUCUUUAUAUUCGUAUUGUAGGAACAAAUAACACAGUUAAUAAGGUUUUUCAUGUUGUCAAUUUUGAAGCAUAUUAUACAAAUCAUACAGAGCAACUUUCCAAAGGUGUUAUUGUACCAACACAAAAUGUUGCUCUUGCGGAGAAAAGUGCAUGUGUCAUUGAAGGUGUGAGCAGGUCACGUAAUAAUUUACUCAAUGGAGAUGUAACUAAUUAUGAUUGGGAUAGUGGUUAUACAUGUCAUCAACUUGGCUCUGGAUCUAUUUUAGUGCAAUUAGGCCAACCGUAUAUGAUCGAUUCUAUGCGAUUACUACUUUGGGACUGCGAUAAUCGCUCCUAUUCGUACACGAUAGAAGUAUCGGGCAAUUCCUGGAAUUGGGUAAUGGUUGCUGAUAAAAGAAAGGAGUCAUGUCGAUCUUGGCAAAUAAUACACUUUCAUCCACCCCGUCCAAUAGUUUUUAUACGUAUAGUGGGAACUCACAAUACUGCAAAUGAGGUGUUUCAUUGCGUUCACUUUGAAUGUCCAGCGCAAUCUGAUGAUAAAUCUCCGAAAUCGCCAAUACAACGAGGGCAUUUGUCAACAUCAUCGGAUAACAGCAACACUCCCUUACCUCCUCCUCCUCCGCCUCCCGAAGUAGCUACGGAAGCAGUUCAUAUCGACAGUGAUGAAUAAAGUAAAGAGUAAGUAAUAUAAUAGCAAAAAACACAAGUAACUCUAUCGAUGAUUCUGAUGAUAGUUGCCACUCUUAUUCUUCGAGCUAGAAUUUGAAUGAUUCAUCAAAUGACCUCGAUAUAACUUUUUAAGACUGUUCAAUAAUAUAAAUUGAAUAUUGAAUUGUAAUUAAUCGUCUUGUUCCUCGUUUACAAAUUCUACUUUUGUUUCUUCAUCACUUUCGACUUUAAAUAAUACGUACACGACGGCUGCCAAUUUCAUAAUCACAGAGAUAUACAAAUUAGUCAUAUUUUAUAUAUAAAAAUACUCAAUAUUUUUGUAACGCUAUAGUAGAUUUUUUACUUUGAUUCGUAUGUAAAGUUUUAUUUUUUUUAUGAGAAAAUGGCUGUAAUAUUUAAAAGUGUAUUGUUAUUGAACGUGUGAUGUUUU